GGUAGUAGGACUUGCCACUGAGACUGGAGGUUACAAUGAACACUUACACUUGUGUUGACACCUCACGCAGCCAGAUGACUUGGUCAUUUAUUUCCUAGGCUGAAGACCUCUGUCUAUUUCUGAACCACUUCAGUGUUUUAAGCAGGUCAGGAACUUGGAUAGAAAAUAACAAUGAACAGAAGUCAUAGACCAAGAAGCUUUUCAAAGCAAUUCCUUUCUUACAAUGUCUUAUGGCAAACACACGGUAAAUGACAGACCAGGCCCCGAUGAACUCGGUCUGAGAUCCUGACCCUGGCCACGCAAUGCAGGGUUCUGGUCACACACAGCCGCUUGCAGGGUAAGGGCCCAACUUACGACAAGACACACCAGAGAAAGUCAAAAGCAAUCGAGCAGGCGUAGCAAACAAUGUGAGGGAAUGAGGUGAUGGAACAACAGAUAAGGUGACCGAAGGAUGCAUAGCCGAUGAAUGUGCACUGUAGAUGGGUCUGAGUCUUACAAGAUCAAAUACAUUUUGAGAUGCAAACAAAUGCACAAAAUACUCUGUGCGAUCCCCACAGUCCAUUAAUGAGCCAUUAGCAGUUGUCACCACCAGUGGCUUCAUGACACACAAGUAGGCCUUGAGGAGAAGGAGGCCUGGGGUGGCAGUUCUGAGGGCUAGUUGGGACAGGAACUCUCUGCACCGGGGAAGCAUGGGACAAGUGGACAGACAGGCCGACAAGGUCGGCAUCGUCGGCAGAGUGGAAGCAGUAGGCUCAGACAAAAAGAAGCGCAGGUAAGGAGCCGAGCCAUGAAAGAUAUUAACAGUGAGAACAAGAUGUUUAAUCGACUGCAGGGAAGCAGGGUGACGGGGUCAUAGCUACAAGGUCAGAAGACAAUCCCAGCCGUCAGACAGGAGGGAGGGGCUUGACCUGGCUGUCGGGGAGGCCUGGAAAGGAGGUUGCAGGAUCGAGGCCAGAGAUGACGAGGGCUCAGAGAGUUUUUAUGGUCCUUGGUGCCUUCAAAAUAUGUAGCUUUUGGUGCAGGGCUCAAUCAUCUGCAGGGCAGAGUACUCUCAAAACUCUGGGCCCAGGGCAUUCACUCGCACCAACACCCCUGAUGGAGGGAGCAAAGGUCACGGAUCUCCCCAGUGGCUGCACUGCCAGGACUUCCAAAGGGAGCAGCUACACCGCGGCUUUACGGAUGGAUGGGCAGCAGAAACGUAUUAGCCCUGGCUGUGUUACAUCUCUGCCAUGAGCAAUGCAAAUGGGUGGGACAAUGCUGGCCUGCCCACUGCCCCCUUUGCCCCCCCCCACUGCCUGCCUCUACCCCAGCCAGCUCCUUGGACCCAUGUCACAGAUGCAGUUACCAGCUCAAGGCAUCGGUGCCCGUGUCACUCUGGUGGUACGGCUUGCAGCCCUUUCACUGCCCUUUGCUGCCCUAGAGUGUUGCUGCCGCCGAAGCGCCCCCUUGUGGCCAGGGAUGCCUCUGCAGUGUCUUGCCUCUAGCAGCCCCUUAUGGGCCCCUUAAGCACUCCAGAGAGUCUUGUACCCAAAGCCGCCGGGUCUCAGCCCUGUGGCUCCUUUGCUUGCCCUCCUGCUCCUUCCUCCCUCUCAGCCAGCCACACACCUGCCGCAUCCUGCUGCCUCUUAUAUUAAAUCAGCUGCAUCCACUCAGGUGAGGCUCCUCUUGUACUCCAGCCUGGCUUAGCCCAGACUCCAGAACCCAGGCUAGCCGCCCUGUUACAUGCCCACAGAGGAGACGCUCAGGUGUGCACCUGUGUGUGGUUUCACAGGCUGGGCUCACACCUUGCUAAAUUCCGGCACCAGCCACAAGCCUUGGGGGAGCUGAAGGGAAUGAAACUGCUGGCUGCCUGCUUCAUGUACCUGCUGCUCACCUGUCUGGCCCUGCCCAAAGCCGAAUGCCGAAUCCACGAGCGAUCCAUGGAAAUCAGGAACCCUGAUAUCGACCCUUCCUGGUACACGGGGCGUGGGAUCAGACCCGUGGGACGGUUUGGCCGGAGGAGAGCUGUCGUGGAGAGCUCCCAGAAGUCGGGCUAUGGACACAGGCAAGCUUGCUUCCCUCUAGAAGAAAGCAGUGAAUCCCUUCAAGAUGAAUGAAAUGGCCAAGACAAAGAAUGAAUUUGAAUGAUGAUAAGAAAAGACCCUUCUCCUCUCUCCCUUCCACAUCCCAGCCUCUCUUCUAGGCACAUGAAAAUGUUUGGUCUCAUUUCAAUGUACAGUAUCUUUGUGGCUAUAAAUGAUAGAAACCAAAGAGCAGUUGAUAACUCCACUAUUUUUGCAGACAA